UGUUGCGCGUGCAUUGUUGGUGUGUGUCCCCCCUCAAAGGUUAUUUUUCAAGAUGGCCUGGGUGCUGUCGCCCGCCGAGGUGCUUACGAGCCUUACGGUUUAGCGCGGUGCUGCCGAGUGUCUCCCAACCGAUUGCUCAAAAAAAAACCCAAAAAGUGUCUCAACUCUUUUAAAAAUUGUGAUAACCUCAUUGCUCCAAAACAUGUGAGAAACCUCAAAUGGAGCGACAAGCUGCAGUGAGACUGAAGGCCGAAUGAUUUACGUCGACGAAGCGACAAACACACACGUUGUACGUCGGUCACGAGUCUCCCGCGCUCGUGUGACGUUCUACGUCCAGUCUGUUGAUCAGAUAAAGGCACGAGAUGGAAUCGGCUUUGGCCCAGGACAUACCUCCCCUCGUUGAGGCCCAAGAGGAUUCCAGCUCAGUGGAUCAACCAACAAGUAACGAUGAGGCGUUUGUUGAAGCCCCCGUGACAUCCGCCACCCACUUCAAUGCAAACAAUCAUCACGAUGAUUCACACCAGGAAUGUACAUCACAACAAUUGUCCCGCAAUGGUGCAAUGGUCCCAACAAUUGACGAUUACGAAAUCUCCAGCAUUUCCAAAAAUAAGAGCCCCGUUAAUACCGGAGUUAUCGUGACAGAUGUGAAUUCCCUUGGUGAUAGACUGUGCUCUUACAGUGCUUCAUCACCUAAGGAGAGGCCGCGUGAUUUUGCGCCGAUAAAUGCGGAGAUGAAGAAGAUUGGAGUGGAGAUUUCGGAGGAGGAGGCUAAACAAUUGAAAAAUGAUAUCAGACGAUUAUCACCAGUGCUAGUGAGUACUCACGAACGAACUCUCGGUGAGAUAUCGUUGACAUCAGAUUCUGGACUAUUUGACGAUGAUAAGCACGAGCAUAAUGAUCAGGAAGCAUCACAGAGUUGUUUAGUGGAUAAUGUUGAGAGUGUUGUGAGUGAUAAUGAUGAUAAGACGAAUGAAACUGAUGGGACAGGUGGGGGUUUGGCGGUGGGGGAGGGGGAGGGUAGAGUCAGUGAUAAGGAGAGGAUGAGUACGCCGAAGGGUUUGAUGAUCGUGUUGGAGCGCAUUGAUAAGACUCCGGAGGGCUUGAAGCUGAAGAUGAGGGAGGGGAAUGAGUUGGGGGUGGAACACACGUGUGUGAGUGAUCUGAGGAGUGUCGAGGAUGCCGAGGGAUUUAGUUUGUCGCCCAAGUACUUGGAGAAUGAUCAGUUGAUGAGGAAGAGUCCGAUGGUGAUGAUUGAGAGGGUUAAUGGACUGGGGGAGAAGCCGGUAGAGCAGGGUGAAGUGAGAAUUGCGAGGAAGCUUGAGGUGGAGUUUGAGGAGGAGGAUGAUGUGCUGGAGGCCAGCAAGAUUAGUGAAUCUUCUGACUGUUUGGGGGAUGUGGGGAGGGAGAUUGGAGAUGUUCAGGAGCAGCAUGAUACUGAGACUGAGACUGAAACUGGGUCUGAUAGCUCGGAACUCAUUGGCAUGACUGUUAACGAGACUGUCAGGUGCGGGGGAGAUGCUAUUGUUUGUGAUGAGGUGAAUCCGGAAGUGAUGGCGAGGCUUGGGGCUGGGGAACCUGAGGCCUUUACGGAGGACUCGGCUGAGAGCCUGGCAUUGGCCACGGGGGCCAGGGAUGAAGUCAGGUCGGAUGGCAGCGACUCCGGGCUUGGGGGAGAAAUUCCGGGGGAUCCGGGACCUACGCCGGCACCUGAGAGCGAUUCAGAGACGAGCUUUCUGGAUAGAAUACCUGAUGAUAUUCUAUCGGAUAAGGAGAAAGUGGUGAAUACACUGGAUGACUACGGGUCACCUAGCGGCAGUACCAAUGCAGUGACACUGCCUAGUUUCCCAACGCCACAAAAGAGUAGCCUGAAGCGACGAUUGAGCGACUGCAUGGAGGGUGAGCCGAAUGCCAAACGUAACAACAGUGAGCCAGCUAGGAAAAAACGUAAUAUACAGUUUGACGCUGUUACGGUUUAUUAUUUUCCACGGUCUCAAGGAUUCACCUGUGUGCCCUCUCAGGGUGGGAGUACACUGGGCAUGAGUGCAACGCACACCCACGCAGAGAGAUUUUCGCUGUCUGAGCAUGCAGCUGAACAACGACGACUCCAUCGUGCUCGUUUGGCGCAGCUACGCUCGGAGAGAGCGGCGAAUUGUGUGGUAGAGGCUGCCUCGAGCUCCGAGGAUCCGAGCGACGACACAGAUGACGAGCCCAGCGACGGCGAGGAGCUCGAUAUUGACAGCUACUAUUUUCUGCAGCCCGUACCUACGUGGCAGAGACGCGCUCUACUGCGCGCCGCCGGGGUCAGAAGGAUAGAUGCACUCGAGAAGGACGAGUGCAGAGACAUACGUGCUAGUAGGGAACAUUGCGGAUGUGGCUGCAAGGGCUAUUGCGAUCCUGAGAGUUGUCCUUGUUCCAGGGCUAAUGUUAAGUGCCAAGUGGACCGUGCAGGUUUCCCGUGCGGCUGUUCCCGCGACGGCUGUGCGAACUCCUCAGGGCGGAUAGAGUUCAAUCCAGUUCGAGUCCGCACGCACUUCAUCCACACCCUAAUGCGCCUAGAGCUCGAGAAAAAAUCACGCGACGAGGACUCAACCGAACACGAGCCUUCCCUCCCCCGAGGUCCCCUCCGCGACCACCACCCAGCCCAAAUCCACGAUCCCCAACCCCCCGACACUUGCUUAACCAACGGCUUCACAACCCUCCACUACGAUCCCCACGAUCCCACUGUCUGCCAGCCUCUCCAUCCAGUUCGGGAGGACAGCCUCGACCUCUACGCAAUUCGCGACGACUGCUAUCCCUCCGAAGAAACCGUCGACAAUCCGCACAAUUCACCCCGCAAGCUGCAUCCCGAGUUCAGUCAAGCUUUCCAGCCCUUUCCAACUCAACCCUUCCCCCCGCAAACCUAUCCAGACUAUCAAUCGUAUGAAAAUCUUCCCUCGACCUCGAGAACUCAAUUCUCCCCGCAAUUUCAAUCAGUACCUUCAAAUCAAAACUUUUCCCACUACUCUCCUUACCAAGACCCCACGAUGCAACAAUCCUGUCACCAGCACCAGCAGCAUCAACACCAACAACAACAGCAGCAGCCGCACCAACAGCAAACCAUCUACGAAACGUCAUUCACCGAUGAUAAUGGGGUCCAGCAGUACACUAAUCUCAAUUCAGUACAACCCAUGAGCAGUGUUGUACAGCAAAUGGGCAAACUCGAGCCAUUCUCUGAAUUAUUAGCUGGUCGUUACUCAUAUUACGGGGAUGUUGAGCCACAGCCAAUCAGCAGUUAUCAUACAACCAAAAUUGAGGAGAAGGUUGUGGUGCAGGAGGGCGAGGAGGGAGGUGAUGAUUGUGAUGAGAACUUUGGGGAAAUCAUCAAGAAGAGCAUGGUUGAAACUGUGUCUGCUUGAAUGGAUGGCACAUGACAUGGAGGGUCUCAUCGAUUUUAAUUUGUCGGCAGAAUAUUUUGGGUACCUGAGGAAAGCUCUGCAUUUUUUUAAUUCAUUGGUUAAUCAAUCUGGUUGAUUUUUGAGUCAAGUGGUUCAGGGAAAAGUCAAUUUUCUGCAAAAGACGAGUCGAUGAAUUUUGAUGAUUUUCUGUCGUUUCGAAGAUAUUCGGAGCAGAAUAUGAGAUAUUCUGUGUUAACACAGAUAGGGAGCUUGCAUGAAGCUCAAUUCUUUCUAAUUUCCUUAUUUACACAUUCCCCGUAACAUAUGGAUAGCUAAACAGCAAAAAUUGUAGAGAAAUUAGUAGCGAAGCGGUAAAACGGUUGAAGUCGAUUUUGACUAUUUUCCAGUUUUCAA